UUUUCCUACUGACAUGAACGCAGCACGAUGCCACGUCAGCUGACUAGCGCCAGAGCAGUACCAAACUCACGUGAUCCCUGUCAGCACGUGACAGUCCGGACCAGCACGUCAAUAUGGCUGCACCACAAUCCGUCUACUGGCUCGGUAAUGACACCCUGAGGGUGUCUGCUGCCCUGUUUGCAGAGAACCGUCGACGUCUGUGUGACGGGCUGAAGGCCAAAGAUGGGUUGGUGCCCCAGUCAGUGGUGGUGCUGCAGGGAGGAGAGCAGAAGCAGAGGUACUGCACGGACACAGACCAGCUCUUCAGACAGGAGUCUUUCUUCCACUGGGCUUUUGGAGUAACUGAGGCUGACUGCUAUGGAGCCAUUGAUGUGGAUUCAGGGAAAUCCAUCCUUUUUGUUCCCAAACUGCCUGAGAGCUAUGCUACUUGGAUGGGAGAGAUCUAUUCCAAAGAGCACUUCAAGACAAAGUACGCUGUGGAUGAGGUGCAAUACGCCUGUGAUAUUGCUGAUGUUCUGUCCAACAUGAGACCUUCAGUUCUCCUCACACUGCGAGGACUGAAUACAGAUAGUGGGAGCAUCUGCCGUGAAGCCUCCUUUGAAGGAAUUAGCCGCUUCACAGUGAACAACACUCUUCUGCAUCCAGUCAUUGUUGAAUGCCGUCUGGUUAAGACCGACAUGGAGCUGGAGGUCUUGCGCUACACCAACAGGAUCUCCAGUGAGGCCCAUAAAAUGAUCAUGAAGAAUGUCAGACCUGGACAGAAAGAAUAUGAGAUGGAGAGCCUCUUCCAGCACUACUGCUACAACAAAGGAGGAAUGCGCCACACCUCGUACACCUGUAUCUGUGGAACGGGGAACAACUCCUCCAUCCUCCACUAUGGCCAUGCUGGAGCUCCCAACGACAAGACGAUUGCAGAUGGAGACAUGUGUCUGUUUGACAUGGGUGGAGAGUACUACUGUUACUCUUCUGACAUCACCUGCUCCUUCCCAGCCAACGGCAAGUUCACAGCAGACCAGAGGGCCAUCUACGAGGCCGUCCUCAAGUCCUCCAGAGCUGUCAUGGCCGCCAUUAAACCAGGUGUAAAGUGGACUGACAUGCACCGCCUGGCUGACCGGGUUCACCUUGAGGAGCUGGUGAAGAUUGGCAUCCUGACCGGCAGUGUGGAAGACAUGUUCAGGGUCCACCUGGGCUCCGUCUUUAUGCCCCACGGCCUGGGACACCUGCUGGGCAUCGAUGUGCACGAUGUUGGGGGAUACCCUGAGGGAGUGGAGCGUAUAAUUGAACCUGGGCUGAAGAGUCUUCGGAUGGGCCGCCUGGUGCAGGAGAGGAUGGUCCUCACGGUGGAGCCUGGCAUUUACUUCAUCAACCACCUGCUGGACGAGGCUCUGGCAAACCCUGCACAGAGCUGCUUCAUCAACAACCAAGUGUUGGCUCGCUUCCGGGGCUUUGGAGGGGUCCGUAUUGAAGAUGACAUCGCGGUGACACAUGAUGGUGUUGAGCUGUUGACCUGCGUCCCUCGCACUGUGGAGGAGAUCGAGGCUUUCAUGGCUGAAGCUGCCAAACCUUUCAGCCCCCUCUGAGUGACAUCUACAAGUAAAUGUGUACGCUUUGGUAUCAUUAAUACUGUAAUAUAGAACAAAGAUAAUUCUUCUGUACAACACAAGUUAUUAAUUACUCACUUAGUCGUACAGAAAAUCAACAUUUUUAUGAAGCUGUAGAAUCAAAACAACAGCGAACAAAAAACGCAACUUAAAAAGCAUCUUUUCAAAGCUUUCAUUAUGCUUUAAAAAAUAAUGUAGCUCUCACUUAAAGGGAAAAACUUUACUUGCAUACAAGAACAGUAUUAAUUUCUGUGCCUCUUGAAAAUAAAGCCUUUUUUAAUCUUUUAAAAAAAAUGUAUUCUUCUAUGUUCCUCUUUGUAUACAUUGGUUCACCAAAUGCUGUGAAAUUCAAUUAAAGGCUUAAAUUUUGA